AAGGCUCUAGAAACACCCUUGGGCAAGCUAAUUAGUGCCUCUGGAACGCUGUUAGGCGGAUCUGGCACGCUAGCGCAAUCCGGAGUGCUUGAUGGCGACACCAUCACGGCCAUUACACAGUCUGUGGCCGUAGCCGCAUCUGCGGGGGCGUUUGCUCUCAUCCGGGCAGAUGGCUCCGUCGUGACAUGGGGUUGUCCUGCUCGUGGUGGUGAUAGCAGUGCAGUGCAAGACAAAUUGUAUGACGUGAUGCAGAUUCAGGCUGCCGACUCAGGUUUUGCUGCCCUCCGAGAGGACGGAGUUGUAGUUUCAUGGGGCUCCCUCUCUGGCUUUUCUGAUUCUUCUUCAUCUUCUGAAUCCGAUUCCUAUCGCAACGAAAGGGCGACCGGAUCUAUUCAGAACCAAAUUCUUGAUGUGCGAGAGAUCCAAGCAACAAGAGAUGCCUUUGCGGCCAUCAAGGAAGAUGGGUCCGUGAUUACCUGGGGUGCUUUGGAGGCUGGUGGAGACAGCAGUCUG